AUGGGACCAUCAGAAAGGCCAUCCACUGGUUGGAUGCCCAAGGAAGCAGAGAUGCCAGUUGGUGCCCAGCCAGAUGAGAGGAGCAGGAGGUGGAGGCCUGGAGACCGGGUUGCUGCCCCUUCUCCCCUCCCCCAGGCCCUGUCUGUCCUUUUCCUCCUGCCACUGGCCAGCGCCCUCCAGGCCACUUCACUGCCUUUUCCAGAGCUGAGGCUGGUGGGGGGCCCCACCCGCUGCCGGGGGCGCCUGGAAGUCCUGCACAGUGGUUCUUGGGGCAGUGUCUGUGAUGACGACUGGGAUGUGGUGGAUGCCAACGUGGUGUGUCGCCAGCUGGGCUGCGGCCUGGCACUGCCCGUGCCACGGCCACUCGCCUUUGGCCAGGGCCGAGGCCCCAUCCUGCUGGACAACGUGGAGUGCCUUGGGCAGGAGGCUGCGCUGAGCGAGUGUGGCAGCCGGGGCUGGGGCAUUCACAAUUGCUUUCACUACGAGGAUGUAGCUGUCCUGUGCAACGAAUUCUUACCCACACAGCUAUCUACAAGGAAGGUGUUAACCAGCAGAGCCUCCCCUACAACUCCUCAGAAUGGGAAAGGUGAGAGCAGCGUGCGCCUGGUAGGGGGCGCGGGUCCCUGUCAGGGCCGAGUGGAAAUCUUGCACGGCGGCCUGUGGGGCACUGUGUGCGACGAUGACUGGGGGCUGCCGGACGCCGCCGUGGUCUGCCGCCAACUGGGAUGUGGGGCGGCCUUGGCCGCCACCACCAAUGCUUUCUUCGGCUAUGGCACUGGACACAUUCUGCUGGACAACGUGCACUGCGAAGGUGGCGAGCCCCGCCUAGCGGCCUGCCUGAGCCUGGGCUGGGGCGUGCAUAACUGCGGCCACCACGAGGACGCCGGCGCGCUCUGCGCAGUCCCGGGCCCCCCAACUCUCACGGCACUGCCACCUUCGGCCACAAGAGAAGAUUGGACCUGGCACACACAGCCAGCAGCUACCGGAGUUGGUGCGCAGCCUUUUGGGGAGACAGCACUGUUCACCACAGCCUCCUGGGCCGCAGGGAAGAAAAGCGGGCGGCUGCGGCUGGUGGGCGGCCCGAGCCCGUGCCGCGGCCGCGUGGAGGUGCUGUACGCCGGGGGCUGGGGCACCGUGUGCGACGAUGACUGGGACUUCGCGGACGCGCGCGUGGCCUGCCGCGAGGCUGGCUGCGGACCCGCGCUGGGCGCCACGGGCCUCGGUCACUUCGGCUACGGCCGCGGUCCUGUGCUGCUGGACAACGUGGGCUGCCAGGGUACCGAGGCUCGCCUGAGCGACUGCUUCCAUCUGGGUUGGGGUCAGCACAACUGCGGUCACCACGAGGAUGCGGGCGCUCUCUGCGCAGGCCCAGAGGAGCUAGGACUACAAGUCCAGCAGGACGGUUCUGAGACCACCCGGAUGCCCACUCCUCGGCCUAGGGACGGACACCUACGUCUGGCCAGCGGAGCCCACCGAUGUGAAGGGCGAGUAGAGCUCUUCCUAGGGCAACGGUGGGGCACUGUCUGUGAUGAUGCUUGGGACCUCCGAGCAGCUGGUGUCCUGUGCCGCCAGCUGGGCUGUGGCCAGGCCCUGGCAGCUCCUGGUGAGGCCCACUUUGGCCCAGGCCGAGGCCCUAUCCUUCUGGACAAUGUCAAGUGCCGUGGAGAUGAGAGCACCCUGCUGCUCUGCUCUCACAUCCGCUGGGAUGCCCACAACUGUGACCACAGUGAGGAUGCCAGUGUCCUGUGCUGGCCAUCGUGACCCAGUUGACUUUGGAGCCCACCUCUUUCCAGGAAGCCUAAUAUGACCUGCCCCUCCUCCUCCAGGAAGCCCCCCUGUAACUUCUGC